CCCAGGCACAGUCCAGAAAAAAAAAAAUAAUCUUCUUUCUUAGAACUAUCUUGGUUGGCAUCACCAGGCCCUGAGAGCACAGUGCAUGCCAGCAUUGCAGAUCCCACUUAUCAAAAUGAAAGACCUGAUACUGAUCCUGUGCCUCCUUGAAAUGAGUUCUGCAGUACCGGUAUUUCCUAAGCAACCUGGGAUGCCAGGCAUGGCUAGUUUGAGCCUUGAGACAAUGAGACAAUUGGGAAGUUUGCAGGGAUUAAACAUGCUUUCUCAGUAUUCAAGAUUUGGUUUUGGAAAAUCAUUCAACUCUUUGUGGCUGCCAGGACUUGUUCCACCACAUUCCUCUUUCCCAUGGAUGAGACCAAAAGAACACGAAACUCAACAGUAUGAAUAUUCUUUGCCUGUGCAUCCCCCACCUCUCCCAUCUCAGCCAUCCCUGCAGCCUCACCAGCCGGGACAGAAACCUUUCCUCCCGCCCACCGCUGCAACCGCAGUCCAGAACCCUGCCCAGAAGGGAGGGCCUCAGCCUCCGGUUUACCAUCAUCGACAGCCACCCUUGCAGCAAGCAGAGGGACCAAUGGUUCAACAGCAGAUAGCACCAUCAGAUAUGCCACCGAAGGAAGAGCCCCAAGGCCCAGGAAUGGAUUUUGCUGAACCCCAAGGCCCAGGAAUGGAUUACACUGAGCCCCAAGGCCCAGGAAUGGAUUUUGCUGAGCCCCAAGGUCCAGGAACGGAUUUUGCUGAGCCCCAAGGUCCUGGAGUAGACUUUGCUGAACCCCAAGGUCCAUCGCUGUUCCACAUUGCCCGUUUGAUAUCUCGGGGGCCUCUGUCACAAAAUAAGCCAUCUUCACUUUAUCCAGGAAUAUAUUACAUGUCCUAUGGAGCAAACCAAUUGAAUGCUCCUGGAAGACUUGGUUUCAUGAGCUCAGAAGAAAUGCCAGGUGGCAGAGCAAGCCCCAUGACCUAUGGAUCCAUAUACUCUCGACUGGGAAGCCUGCGACCCAACCUGGCGGGGAUGCCACAGAAUCAGAACCCAGCCAUGGGCGGAGACUUUACUCUGGAGUUUGACACCCCAGUGGGGGCCACCAAAGGCCCAGAGAAGGGAGAAGGAGGUGCACAGCGCUCCCCUCAGCCUGAGGCCCAACGUGCUGAUCCUGAAGAUCCUGAAGCCCGAGAUUUCGUUCCAGAAGCAGCACUUGGACCCCUAGGAGGGCUUCUUGCGUCCCCCAAGGACCAUAUUCCCAGCCAGGCCAGGGGCCCUGCCGGGCAGAACUGGGGAUUCCCCGCUGUCACUACAGAUGCCACUGACGCACUAAUGACCCCAGGAAUAGCUGACGCUUAUGAGACCUACAGUCCUGAUUUGAUCACACCCCUGGUUUUCCAGGGGGAGUCUACCACGGAUACUACCAUGGCCCCAGACACUCAGCACACACCAAUGGCAGGAAACAAGGCCCAGAAACCCCAGAUUAGCCAUGACGCAUGGCGCUUCCGGGAGCCCUGAGAGCCUUGAAAUAUUAGCUACUUUCUGUAUGCACCAGGCCCCAUGCUUUGUCCCCAAACGUUUGCUAAAACACUUAUUGUCCUUCUGCAACGAAGGCAUUAAAAAUUCUAAAUAUAUACAAGUGGCUAGAAAUAGUGUAAAUCCCCUUCUUGCUUUCCUUCUCCUGUUGAAAUAAAAUGUGUAACUGUUUCUAUGAUUCAGAAAUACGAUUAAUGACAUCAAAGGAACUCUGUUUUUGA